CUUUAUCAAGUGUACCGGCGUAUUGAUGACUUAUCGAUAUUCCCAAGAACUUUUAUUACCACUGAUCAACCCAGUCUCCUUUUCGCAUCUUUAAACAUUCACCUCUUUUUCUUUUCUUCUUUAUUCUCCAGGAAUUGUUUCUUGUCCCUGUCUUUGGAGUUCUUUCCUUUCAACUUGUCGAGGCUUCGUUCAUUCAGACCUUCGUUAACCAUUUCAGAACCAACACACCCGAUCUACUUCAACAUCAUCACUAUUAUUCUUUAUAUCUGUAGAAUAUCAAAAUGUCUUUGGCUUAUUCCGAUAAUCUGGCUCCUCAGCCAGUGACCGAUGUCUUCACCUGUGACACCAAUAUCGACAGACGCAAAUGCCACCGUACUGUUCCCAUGAAGGUGCUGGCUCUGGGAGUCGGAAGAACCGGAACUGCUUCCCUUCGCAAGGCCCUUGAGCGCCUGGGUUAUCUGAGAUGCUACCACAUGAUGUCUGCCAGUGUGGAGAACCCUCCCGACUGCCUCAUGUGGCACGACGCUCUGGCCGCCAAGUAUGAUGGUAUCGGUGAGUUUGGUCGCAAGGAGUGGGAUCAGCUUCUGGGGGAGUGCCAGGCUGUUUGCGACUGGCCCGCUUGUGCCUUCGCUAAGGAGCUGAUUGAGGCCUAUCCCAAUGCCAAGGUCAUUCUAACCACCCGUGAAGUCGACUCGUGGCAUGCGUCCGUCAUGAAGACCGUAUUCUGGCGUGUGUCUGAUCCCGAGCACCGCUUCAUUUCCCACUUCAGCUGGGCUGCUAGCAUGUACUACCCCAUGCUGAACAAGUUCUUUGAAACCUUCUUCCGUGGUGACUUCCCUGGCAAGGGGAAGCAGGUUUACUUGGACCAUGUUGCAGAGGUUCGCAGUCUUGUUCCGCCCGAGAGGCUCCUUGAAUACCAGAUCAGCGAUGGUUGGGCUCCCCUGUGCGAGUUCCUGGGCGAAGAGGUCCCAGACACUCCAUUCCCCCGGGGCAAUGAUAUGGCAGACUUUUUCAACCGCUGCCGCACCCGCAACAGGCGCCAGAUGAUGAACGCCGCUCUACAAGCCGUCACUAUGGGCGGUACUCUUCUUGCAGCCGGUCUGGCGGCUACCAUGGCAUUCAAGCGUUUCUCUCGGUAAAAGAAAGAAGAAAAAAAAAAAAUUCUUUGGAUGAUUGAUUGAUCCUUCUGUACGAUUGCAGUGUGCAGUGUGCGCUGGGCGUUGCUGCGAUAUCAUUCUUAUUCAUGUCUCGCCUUUUUUUUUUUUUUUUUUUUUUUUUUUUU